AUGGAAUUUAGCAUCAAAAAAAAUCCUCUUUCUGUUCAGAAAGUUGUAAAGUGCAUUAAGAUGAAGCAGGCACCAGAAAUCCUUGGCAACACAAAUGGAAAGACUCAGAGCUGUGAAGUAAAUCGUGAGUGUUCGGUGUUCCUCAGCAAAGCCCAGCUUUCUAACAGUCUACAGGAGGGCGUCAUGCAGAAGUUUAAUGGCCACGAUGCACUUCCCUUUAUUCCAGCUGAGAAGUUGAAGGAUCUUACUUCCCGUGUAUUUAAUGGAGAACCUGGCACUCAUGAUGCCAAAUUGCGUUUUGAACCCCAGGAAAUGAAAGGAAUGGGGACACCACCUAGCACCACCCCUAUCAAAAACGGAUCUCCAGAAAUUAAGCUGAAAAUCACCAAAACAUACAUGAAUGGGAAACCUCUGUUUGAGUCUUCUAUCUGUGGUGACAGUGCUGCCGAUGUGUCCCAGUCUGGAGAAAAUGGACAAAAACUAGAAAACAAGGCAAGGAGGAACAGGAAGAGGAGUGUAAAGUAUGACUCCUUAUUGGAGCAGGGCCUUGUUGAAGCAGCUCUAGUGUCUAAGAUCUCAAGUCCUUCUGAUAAAAAGAUUCCAGUUAAGAAAGAUUCUUGCCCAAGUACUGGCAGAGACAAAGACUGCCUGUUGAAAUACAACAUCGGCGAUUUGGUGUGGUCCAAAGUGUCGGGUUACCCUUGGUGGCCUUGCAUGGUUUCUGCAGAUCCACUCCUUCACAGCUACACCAAACUUAAAGGUCAGAAAAAGAGUGCACGCCAGUAUCAUGUACAGUUCUUUGGUGAUGCCCCAGAAAGAGCUUGGAUAUUUGAGAAGAGCCUUGUAGCUUUCGAAGGAGAAGGACAGUUUGAAAAAUUAUGCCAGGAAAGUGCCAAGCAGGCACCCACGAAAGCUGAGAAAAUUAAGCUCUUGAAACCUAUUUCAGGGAAACUGAGGGCCCAGUGGGAAAUGGGCAUUGUUCAAGCAGAAGAGGCUGCAAGCAUGUCGGUAGAGGAGCGGAAAGCCAAGUUCACAUUCGUCUAUGUGGGGGACCAGCUUCAUCUCAACCCUCAAGUGGCAAAGGAGGCUGGCAUUGCUGUGGAGUUUUCAGGAGAAAUGGCAGGAUCCUCAGAAGUCAGUGAGGAAGCUGCUGAAAACUCCAAGAUUGUACGAGAAGAGGCCAUUCCUGUGAAGAGAAGGCGGAGAACCAAGCUGUCUGGGUCUGCUGAAAAUCAGGAGAGUGAUCCUAGCACAGGAAGGAACACUCCCCAAAAGAUGGCAGAGGCAGACUCCAAAAGAGGAGUAGGGUCUCCUCCUGGGAGGAAGAAAGCCAUGGCCUCCGCUCCACGAAGCAGGAAGGGAGACGCAGCAUCCCAGUUUUUGGUCUUCUGUCAAAAGCACAGGGAUGAGGUGGUUGCUGAGCACCCAGAUGCUUCAGGUGAAGAGAUUGAAGAAUUGCUUGGAUCCCAGUGGAACAUGCUCAAUGAGAAACAGAAAGCACGUUAUAACACCAAGUUUGCCCCAGUGACCUCUGCCCCAUCUGAAGAAGAUUCUGGUAACGUUAAUGGGAAAAAAAGAAACCACACAAAGAGGACACAGGAGCCUACAGAUGAUAUUGAAGUUGAGGAUGCGCCUAGGAAAAGACUCAGGACAGAUAAGCACAGUCUUCGGAAGAGAGACACAAUCACUGACAAAACGGCCAGGACAAGUUCUUACAAGGUCACAGAGGCAGCCUCCUCACUCAAGAGCCAGGCAGCUACGAAAAAUCUGUCUGAUUCAUGCAAACCACUGAAGAAGCGAAAUCGGGCUUCUGCGACAGCGUCUUCAGCUCUUGGGUUUAGCAAAAGCUCAUCUCCUUCUGCAUCCUUAACUGAGAAUGAGGUCUCGGACAGCCCAGGAGACGAGCCUUCGGAGUCCCCAUAUGAAAGUGCGGACGAAACACAGACUGAAGUGUCCAUCUCAUCUAAAAAGUCUGAGCGAGGAAUGACUGCCAAAAAGGAGUACGUGUGUCAGCUGUGUGAGAAGACAGGCAGCCUCCUGCUGUGCGAAGGCCCCUGCUGUGGCGCUUUCCACCUCUCCUGCCUCGGGCUUUCCCUGAGACCAGAGGGGAGGUUCACCUGCAGCGAGUGCGCCUCAGGGAUUCACUCGUGUUUUGUGUGUAAGGAGAGCAAGACAGACGUUAAGCGCUGUGUUGUGACUCAGUGUGGGAAGUUUUACCAUGAGGCCUGUGUGAGGAAAUUCCCUCUGACUGUGUUUGAGAGCCGAGGCUUCCGCUGCCCCCUGCAUAGCUGUGUGAGCUGCCAUGCUUCAAACCCUGCAAACCCAAGGCCGUCGAAAGGUAAAAUGAUGCGCUGUGUGCGCUGCCCUGUUGCCUAUCAUGGAGGAGAUGCCUGUCUGGCAGCAGGGUGCUCAGUCAUCGCUUCCAACAGCAUCGUCUGCACAUCCCACUUCACCGCUCACAAGGGGAAGAGGCACCAUGCCCAUGUCAACGUGAGCUGGUGCUUCGUGUGCUCUAAAGGGGGGAGCCUCCUGUGCUGUGAGUCCUGCCCGGCAGCCUUCCACCCUGACUGCCUGAACAUCGAGAUGCCUGAUGGCAGCUGGUUCUGUAACGACUGCAGGGCUGGGAAGAGAUUGCACUUCCAAGAUAUCAUCUGGGUUAAACUUGGGAACUACAGAUGGUGGCCGGCAGAAGUUUGCCAUCCCAAAAAUGUUCCCCCAAAUAUUCAGAAAAUGAAGCACGAGAUUGGAGAAUUCCCUGUGUUUUUCUUUGGGUCUAAAGAUUAUUACUGGACGCAUCAGGCUCGAGUGUUCCCGUACAUGGAGGGGGACCGGGGCAGUCGCUACCAGGGGGUCAGAGGGAUCGGAAGAGUCUUCAAAAACGCUCUGCAAGAAGCUGAAGCUCGUUUUCGUGAAAUUAAACUUCAAAGGGAAGCCCGAGAAACACAGGAGAGUGAACGCAAGCCCCCACCCUACAAGCACAUCAAGGUGAAUAAGCCUUAUGGGAAAGUCCAAAUCUACACAGCUGAUAUUUCUGAAAUCCCAAAAUGCAACUGUAAGCCCACAGAUGAGAAUCCAUGUGGCUUUGAUUCCGAGUGUUUGAACAGGAUGCUGAUGUUCGAGUGCCACCCGCAGGUGUGUCCAGCAGGGGAGUACUGCCAGAACCAGUGCUUCACCAAGCGCCAGUACCCAGAGACCAAGAUCAUCAAGACUGAUGGCAAAGGGUGGGGCCUGGUCGCCAAGAGGGACAUCAGAAAGGGAGAAUUUGUUAACGAGUAUGUUGGAGAGCUGAUUGAUGAGGAGGAGUGCAUGGCAAGAAUCAAACACGCGCAUGAGAAUGACAUCACCCACUUCUACAUGCUCACGAUAGACAAGGACCGUAUAAUUGAUGCUGGCCCCAAAGGAAACUAUUCUCGAUUUAUGAAUCACAGCUGCCAGCCCAACUGUGAAACCCUCAAGUGGACAGUGAACGGGGAUACUCGUGUGGGCCUGUUUGCUGUGUGUGACAUCCCUGCAGGGACAGAGCUAACUUUUAAUUACAACCUCGACUGUUUGGGCAAUGAAAAGACGGUCUGUCGGUGCGGGGCCUCUAACUGCAGUGGAUUCCUUGGGGAUAGACCAAAGACCUCCACAUCCCUUUCUUCAGAGGAAAAGGGGAAAAAGACCAAGAAGAAAACCAGGCGGCGCAGAGCAAGAGGGGAUGGGAAACGCCAGUCUGAGGAUGAGUGCUUCCGCUGUGGCGAUGGCGGCCAACUGGUGCUAUGUGACCGCAAGUUCUGCACCAAGGCCUACCACCUGUCCUGCUUGGGCCUGGGCAAGAGGCCCUUUGGCAAGUGGGAGUGUCCUUGGCAUCAUUGUGACGUAUGUGGCAAGCCUUCGACUUCGUUCUGCCACUUUUGCCCCAAUUCGUUUUGUAAGGAACACCAAGAUGGGACAGCCUUCAGUUCAACCAAGGACGGGCAGUCCUACUGCUGCGAGCAUGACUUGGGGCCAGAGGCCGUCAGAAGUGCCAAGACUGAGAAACCUUUUCCAGAACCAGUCAAGUUGAAGGGGAAGAGGAAGAAAAGGAGGUGUUGGCGGAGGGUCACAGAAGGCAAAUAGCACCAGGUGGCAGCUUGGCCAGAUCGAGGGCGGUGUGAGGUGGCCAACCCUGCCUGUGGGGGGAGGGCAAGCGUAGGACUGGCCCAGGGGCCAGGACAGAUGCAUAGGCCUCCUUGGGAGGGUGCACCUGCUCGCACUGAGCCAUCCUCAGCAGCGUCUGCUGCGCCUGCACUGACGACUGUGGAGCCGCUGUGGCCAGGACAGACGCGCCUUACUCACAAGCGCCACACCAACACUUGAAUUUCUGAGAAUGUCGAGGUUUCCUCCCGCUGUUUUAGGUUAAAGUUAUGAUUGAAAGUUAAUUGGCAUAUGAAAUGUUUUCUCUCAUCUGAAGUGUAUAGAAUAGUAUUUUUUUCUAAAGGGCACUAUUAACUCUGACCUUGAUGUCGCUACGCUUCUGCCUACAGCCGUCAUCACUCAGGUGAGACCGGGGGGACCUGUGCAUGGACUUGGACCCUGGAUUCCUUGGAAACCAUGAUUUUGAUUAUUUUGCUCUUCUGAAACAGCUGUUGUUUUUUUUUUUUUGUUUUUGUUUUUGUACUAAUGUGAAUUUUUCCUCAAUGCUUCUUUUCCAUCCUAGUGAGAAGCUGGCGGUGCAGAUGGCGAUAGUGAUAGUAUUGUAAGAUUUCCUCCCAUAGCUUUUCCUCAUUGUGGAUUUGACCUAAAUGCCAGUAACCUGUCCACCAUCAAAACACAGGUCUCGGGGAACCCUUUUCCCGACCUGGUCAGGUUGGGCCACCUCCCACCUGGGACUAUCUUCUGAACUUUCAUCAUUUAUGGGAAAACUGUAUUAUUUUUUUACUUGGCUUUUCUUUAGUUUCUGGUUUUUAUUCUCAAUAUAUUUUUGCUAAACCCAUUCCACAAAUCACCACUGACUGAAACGUGUAUUUACUGAUGUGACCUGAGUCCCACGGCAAAAGGAAUUACCUCGGUGAGGUUGUGACACUGCGUCUGCCUCGAGUGCAGGGACUGACAACUUAGGGAGCCCUGGAAGGCGCUGCAGGCUCCACCCCCAAGGGACACAGCAUGCGGGACCAGGACCAAGGAGACCAAGGAGCUUUGUGCUGGUACCAUCUGCAUGGUUUCCCGUCAGCAGUCCAGGUCUGUUACUGGAAACACAAUUGUGCCGCUAGCUCCCAGAUGCUGUGCACCAGGUGGGCCCAACACCUCCUCCCUGUGCAAGUCCAUUAUCUUUUAGUUACUCAAAGGCCCAGCCCCACAGUGAGAAAUGCCCAAGCACUAGAGUCUCUUGACAGAAUGUCGAAGAUUUAAUUCUUUUUUCCUAGGGGUUCCUCUAGACCCCAGGAGUGUGGAACAGCCUGGGAAAGGAGGAGGUGUGUAUGCCCCAAGGGGCAGCGAUCUCCCGGAGAGGAUGAAGGAUACUUGGCGGCAGCUGCGUUUUCUGACUUUUUCUUAGAAUACCCCAAGGAGAAGAUCCAUUUUGCAGGAAAGUUUACAAAACUCUUGAAAACUGCUACUGAGAUCUCCUGUUCAUUCAUGUUGUCUUUUUUGCUCUGUCCAAGUGCAGUUUGUCUUUGGACCUAAGACUGACCACUUGGUGGGUCUGUGACCAGCACAUUUGGGCUUCAGGUGUGAGGACCCACAAUCCUGCCCUCCCUAAGCACUGGUUGUGGGAGGAGGUCCUCCUGACUGGUGGCUGCUACCAUGGUCCCAGACAAAAAGGGACCAAAAGAAAACAAGCUCUGCGGUUGGCUGGCUCCUGUGUUCCAGCUCAUCCCUCUACAAACAUAGCUGCCAUGGCCACCAGAAGGACAGGCAGUGGGGAGAGCUUUCAGUUUAGACUCUAGCCUCUCAGAUGGUCUCCAGAAAAUGCUGGACUGGUUCAUAGGGUUAUGCUUCUUGUGCCCUGAACUUGGAGGCUGCUGCAGUGACAGGCCUUUGGAGCCAAGGCCCCAGGGGCCCUCUGAUACAUGCAGGCAGAUGCUGUCACCCGUCCAAGAGAUCCUUUCCUACCAGUAGAGGGUUUCUUCGUAAGUCAAAACAUCAGAAUUAGUUUUGCAGUGCACUUUGGGGGAGCCGAUUAACUUAUUUUUGUGUUUGACAGUAGUAAAAUCUUAGGAUGUUUGAGUUAUGUUGAUUUUACUUGCAAAUUAUUUUAUGACCUUUCUGAAGGAAAUACUGCAAACAUUUUAAAUAUGUUUCCCCUUUCCAAAAACUGUUAAACUAAUGAGCAAAUAACACUAACUUUGGAAGUCUUUAGAGUAUCAGUUUUUAAACCAGAGUAAAACAAAAAUUUGGUGCCAAGCUUGAAGGGCCUUUUCUCAUUGGAGCUGACCAAGCACCCAGCCAUGACCAUGGAUACAUGGCCGGUGCUCUGACCUGCCCAGCUUUAUUCUAAGAGUCUGGGAGAGGUUUCUUUUUGAGGACUUGGUGACUUUCUGAACGUCAGCUUCGAUCCUUUGUCAUUAAUGUGAAGCAAACCACAAAAUGAAAACUGGCCAAACACCUCAAGAUUCUUUGACGUCAGAAACCGAGCAAGAUCUGCAGACCCAGACCUCAGGCAGCAGCUGCACGCGUGAGCCCGAGACAGGAGCGCCCACACUGCACAUGCGGCCACAGGGAUACACUCCAUGAGCAGGUUUAAAACAUGGUUAUUUAUGGGGAAAUGUGGCCCCUGAAGUGGGGAGAACCCAGUUUUGUCCUGUCUCUGAGAGGUUGUGUGCCCACUCAGGUCCUCUGCUGCUGAUACCUCCCAAGUAUUGAGCUUGACACAUGAACCAUGAUGUGUACAGUGUCCACUUCCUAGAAUAAUCACCUUGUGUUUCAGAAUUAAAGGCAAACCUGUUUCAAUCAGCUAACGAGAUGGUCAGUUCCAGUUAUACUGACCAUCUCGUUGGUCAGCUGAUGACUGUCAGUGAAAUGCCUGCCCACUAGGCGCUACGUGUCACCGUGCCCUGUUGAGAUGUGAUGUACCCACCUAGAAGUUAAAUUUAAAUGUGCCUCUUGGUGUCUAAACUUCAUACAGUGUAAGGUCAGAGUCCUUUUAAGAAUACCGGGUGCUGUCACCAGUUCUGAUAGUUAGACUUAAAAACUUGAACUCAUUGUUUUUUUGUUUUUUUUUGAGGGGGGAAGUAUACUGAAAUAUAGAUUUGAGAUUUGCCAGUUGGGGAAAAAUAGCAUUUAAAGUGGAAAGUUGUGUUUGGAAAAUUGUGUAUGAGUAUUUUUGUAUUAAAGACUUUUUAAAGGCUUUUUUUCUUAA